GUCGACAGUGACAGGCCAGAAAGGUCCAAAUUCCGGCUCACUGGAAAGGGAGUGGAUCAAGAGCCUAAAGGAAUUUUCAGAAUCAAUGAGAACACAGGGAGCGUCUCCGUGACACGGACCUUAGACAGAGAAGUAAUCGCUGUUUAUCAACUAUUUGUGGAGACCACUGAUGUCAAUGGCAAAACUCUCGAGGGGCCGGUGCCUCUGGAAGUCAUUGUGAUUGAUCAGAAUGACAACCGACCGAUCUUUCGGGAAGGUCCCUACAUCGGCCACGUCAUGGAAGGGUCACCCACAGGGACCACGGUGAUGCGGAUGACAGCCUUUGAUGCAGAUGACCCAGCCACUGAUAAUGCCCUCCUGCGGUAUAAUAUCCGUCAGCAGACGCCUGACAAGCCAUCUCCCAACAUGUUCUACAUCGACCCUGAGAAAGGAGACAUUGUCACUGUUGUGUCACCUGCGCUGCUGGACCGAGAGACUCUGGAAAAUCCCAAGUAUGAGCUGAUCAUCGAGGCUCAAGAUAUGGCUGGACUGGAUGUUGGAUUAACAGGCACGGCCACAGCCAUGAUCAUGAUCGAUGACAAAAAUGAUCACUCACCAAAAUUCACCAAGAAAGAGUUUCAAGCCACAGUCGAGGAAGGAGCUGUGGGAGUUAUUGUCAAUUUGACAGUUGAAGAUAAGGAUGACCCCACCACAGGUGCAUGGAGGGCUGCCUACACCAUCAUCAACGGAAACCCAGGGCAGAGCUUCGAAAUCCACACCAACCCCCAAACCAAUGAAGGGAUGCUUUCUGUCGUCAAACCAUUGGACUAUGAGAUUUCCGCCUUUCACACCCUGCUGAUCAAAGUGGAAAAUGAGGACCCACUCGUACCCGAUGUCUCCUAUGGCCCCAGCUCCACAGCCACUGUCCACAUCACUGUCCUGGAUGUCAACGAGGGCCCAGUCUUCUACCCAGACCCCAUGAUGGUGACCAGGCAGGAGAACAUCUCUGUGGGCAGUGUGCUACUGACAGUGAAUGCCACGGACCCCGACUCCCUACAGCAUCAAACCAUCAGGUAUUCUGUUUACAAGGACCCAGCAGGUUGGCUGAAUAUUAACCCCAUCAAUGGGACUGUUGACACCACAGCUGUGCUGGACCGUGAGUCCCCAUUUGUCGACAACAGCGUGUACACUGCUCUCUUCCUGGCAAUUGACAGUGGCAACCCUCCUGCUACGGGCACUGGGACUUUGCUGAUAACCCUGGAGGACGUGAACGACAAUGCCCCCUUCAUUUACCCCACAGUAGCUGAAGUCUGUGAUGAUGCCAAAAACCUCAGUGUAGUCAUUUUGGGAGCAUCAGAUAAGGAUCUUCACCCGAAUACAGAUCCUUUCAAAUUUGAAAUCCACAAACAAGCUGUUCCUGAUAAAGUCUGGAAGAUCUCCAAGAUCAACAAUACUCACGCCCUGGUAAGCCUUCUUCAAAAUCUGAACAAAGCAAACUACAACCUGCCCAUCAUGGUGACAGAUUCAGGGAAACCACCCAUGACGAACAUCACAGAUCUCAGGGUACAAGUGUGCUCCUGCAGGAAUUCCAAAGUGGACUGCAACGCGGCCGGGGCCCUGCACUUCAGCCUGCCCUCACUCCUGCUCCUCAGCCUCUUCAGCUUAGCUUGUCUGUGAGAACUCCUGACGUCUGAAGCUUGACUCCCAAGUUUCCAUAGCAACAGGAAAAAGAAAAAAAAAAAUCUAUCCAAAUCUGAAGAUUGCGGUUUACAGCUAUCGAACUUCACAACUAGGCCUCAAUUGUUCCGGGUUUUUGUUUUCUUUGCAAUUUCACUUAGUCUGUACUUCAUCAUUUUGACAGCAUCUUCCUCCCUCCUUUAAUUAAUGGAAUCCUCUGAAUUUUCCCUGAAUGUUUAAAGAUCAUGACAUAUGACUUGAUCUUCUGGGAGCAGGAACAAUGACUACUUUUUCUGGUGUGUUAACAUGUCGCUAGCCAGGGUUCCAGGCACCCAGCUUUGUCUGUGGGUUAGUAUUGGUAUAUGUAUGAGUAUCUGUAUGUGUAUAUACACGGUAUUUAUAGAGAGAGACUAUCCCGGAGAAGCCUCGUUUUGAUGCCAUUCUUCCUUGCAAGGUUAAGCAAGGUGGGUGAAAACUAAGACAACUGAACCCUCCAGGGCCUCCCGCUUCAAGGUCAGCAUGAGGACAGACCACAGAGCUGUCACUUUUGCUCUGAAGCUGCUUCUCCACUGUCCCGUUCAGUCUGAAUGCUGCCACGACCAGCCAGGCAGGUCCACAGAGAGGGAGAGCAGAGAAAGAAGUCCUUUCUCUUUACUGAGUUCGAGGACUGCAGCCGAUUUUCACUGCCAUCUGAUGCCGUGAUCCUGAGCCAAGGUGGUGAGGAGCAGGGCGAGCAAUUUCACCACCACAUGCCAAGAAAAGGGCUGACAUUUUCUUUCAUGGGCACCAACCUGCAUUUGUCUGUGUCCCGAAUCCACAGUCGCACUGAUUCUUAUGGGGACACAGAUCAUGGUAAAGAAUCUGUCCCUCCUCAGUAAAUGUGUAACUGCAACUGUCAUCAUGGAGGUCAUACCUGCAUACAAAGAGGUCUACAGGUACCAUCUUGUAUACACAUAUAUACCCACAUGUACAGACAUACAUUUAUGCACAUUCACUCCGUUUGUUUCAUAUAUACAGGCAUAAAAUAGAGUAAAUACAGGUAGUUUUAAAAGUACCCUUUUGUGUGAAUUGACUACCGUUGUUUGCAAACCUGAAAAUAAAAGACGUUCAUUAUGUAUGAAAAGUAACUGAUUUGUAUUCUGUGAGCAUGUAAAGCAGAAAGUUAGUGCUUGUUCUAAGAUUCCCUUCUUGUUGAUAAACCGUAAAUGAAUCAUCAAAGCUCACACCAAAUUUUUCUAUCAAAACUAGUGACAGCUUGUGGCUUUUGAUUAGAGCUCGCCACGAACUAGGGUAAGGUAAGUGUCUUAGCAUAUUUUAAUGCAGUUGCUUUACUAAAGGUUUUAACCGCACACGCACACACACACGCUUUCUUAUGCAAUCUAUGUUUGCACUUGUGCUUUCAGUUAGCCUUCUGUAGGAAGUAGAAGUCAUAUGUUGUCUUUGUUGUAGUGAAAUUAUACAGAUAGAGUUCCAUAUAUUGUAUUUGUUUCCAUAGUAAAUCCUUUUGGAACAUAUAGAAUGCAGAGAUUUUUUUUUCCAUUAAAAUAAAUGGGUAUUGGUGGUUAAAACUG